AUGGAAACGAGAGAAGCACAGAGUCGCGUUUCAUCGCUCGGAGGCAACCGGGAGCAUCUCCAAGGGGGUUUCAGCUCCUCGCUUUCGUCUUCCAGAUCUUUUCCUGCCUUGAGUUCUUUAUCGUCUUCGCCAGCAGCCGGCUGCGCCCGGUCUGCGUUGAAGAGGCAGGAGUCCGACAGAGAGUUCCUGUCUGGAGGCGCGGAGACACUGUUUUUUUCGCUACCUCUUGCGUCCUCCUCAGACCCCAGCUGCGACCUGGAUAUCGCCGAGUUCAAUCCUGAAGGAAGUGCGCCUUCUGGCGGCUCUUUGGACGCUUCUUCCUCGGCCUCUUCUGCAAACGCGUCACUGUUUACGUCCAUUCUCUCCUUCCCCUCCGGGCUCCUCUCCGCCGUCUCUCCGCACUGGUAUGGGCGGCCGAGCCUCGCGCCCGCGCCGCCCGGUGGUCCAGCGGCUGGUGGCGCAGCAGGCGAGGCUCUCCGGGCGGCAGCCGCCUCGUCUCUGUCUGCGUCCCCGCCAGCAGCGCGCGAAGGGCGCGAUGGAGGCUCUGCGGAGGUGAAGGUGUCGGCCGCCGCGCAGCCGCCUCAGCCUUUCUUCGUCCUCAACGCGCCGUCGCUUCCCUUCUUCUCCUCGCCCUCUCCUGUGCCUCAAAGCCGCAGUGGCGAGGGGGGCCGGUCGCCGGCUUCGAGCGCGGGCGGGGCGCAGGCCGCCGCUGCGUCUGGGGCGGUACCUCGGGAAACGAGCGGCGCGCCCGCUCUCUCGUCUUCGCAGCGGCUCGCAGGCGGAGACAACGCUUCGUCGUCGUCUUGGGAAGUGGAAGAAAAGGACAGUCUUGGCGAAGAGAUAACGGCGAACGAAGAGGCAUCCGAGUGCAUCGUCUUUCCUCACGCGCCGGCGACCCCCGCCCCCGAGCAUUUGCUCCCGACUCCGACGCCGGCCGGCACGGCCUCUGCAGGCCCGGAAGGUGGGCCGGGCCCCGGGGGACUGCCGGUCUGCGAGCCGGUGGCGCCCCCGUCGUCCUCUGCGCCGCUUCCUCUCUCACACCUUUCCUCCUCGCCGCGGAUGCUUGCUGCGGAGGCCGCGACCGCUCAGCCGGACGAGGGAGACUGCCAGGAGUCGCGGGGCCUUUCGUGCGCGUCGCCCUGUCCCUUCACGUUUUCUCCCUCGCUGCGUCUCUCGGGCAGGUGCGGCCGGUGCUCGAGCGCAGGAGCCCAGUGGGGUCGGAAGGAGACGGGGGACGCGAUCGACGUCUCCUGCGUGGACACGAGCUUGUGUCUGUCCUGCGCGCUGACCUUCCUCACUUCGCUCUCCAUCGAAGAAAGGGCGGUUGGGGCCAACGCGGAGACGGUGUACGGUCCCCGGGACCCGCUGCAGGGUGUUGCCGCGCCCGGGGGGCCCGCCGCCGCGACUCCGACCGCGGUCGGACCGGGCGCGGGGACCCUCGGUCUCGCGGCACCCCUGCAGGCCGUCCCUGGGGGCGGUCCGGCUGCCCCCGCGGCGCCCGCGGGGUCUCCCUUGCGGAGCUCCUUGCCGCGGCACGUCGUUUGUCUCUCUGGACCGGAGACGCAGUUGCUGCUGGAGGAGGCGUGCGGGGGUCGUAGAGAGAGGCAGUUGUGGGGUGGCGCCCAACGCGGUGGGGGGCGAGGCGACGCGGCGCGAGCGAUUGAGAAUUUUUUGUUUCUGCUGCGCGCGCUCGAGGUCUCCGCGCCGUCUGAGAGGAGCGAAGAGCAGAAGCAGUUUCUGCGGCUCCUGCGAGACGGCCAGGCGAGUCUGUCUUCGUUUCGCAUGGAGCCGCGGAUGGAAGGGAAACACGCGGACGCAGGCGCUCUCUCGGAGAGCCACGACGAGGCGAUGGCGCUGCACGAGCUUCUUCCCCCUUCUUCUGCGCUGUCUCCUGCUCUGUCUGGCUACAAGCAACAGGCGGAGGAUGCCGGGGAGAGGUGGCGCUUCAUCGUGGGCUACGAAGACGCCUGCGUGCUCUGCUUCUCGCAAGUCGCGGACAAGCGAGUGCCCCCCGGCGCAACCACUGCACUGCAGGCCCUCGGCCUCGAAGGGGCAAGGGGGGUCGCGGCGAAGGACGGAGCGGCCGGGGAAUGCCGAGCAGGCAACUCGCGCAUGCGCGAGACCGCGCUGGUCGCAAUGCUGCACCGCGUGUUUCCCUUUCUCUUCCCGGGGGCCGCUGCGCGCGACCGCGAGCGCAGGCGUCGCCUGGACGAAGGACGCAGCGCGAGAGACGGCAGCGAGGCGCUGGCGAGCGAGGCGCUGGCGAGCAAGGCGCUGCGGGACGGCGAGAGCCUCGGCGCGGACGUCCGCGUUUUGGGGCGGAUGCCGCCCCGCGGAGCCGAGGCCGGGGAGCGCGCCGUGGGGGCUCUGGCGGCGCGGAGCGAGGCGGCAGGCAGGAAGUCGCGGCGCGUGUUCUUCCGGCGGGCGGCAGGGGGCGGGGCGGGCGCAGCGAGGCGAGAGGACGAGGCGGCAGGGCGCGCGGGGAGAGCUGGCCGCGGCGCGGAGGGGGGCCUUAGCGCCGACCCGGGGGAGGGGGGGAUGCGGAGAUUUCGGGGUCCCUUCGCGGCGAACGGGGCGAGCGGGGCGAACGAGAAGUCCGCGCGGCGGGCCAGGCGUCUCCUGGGCGCGGGCGGCGCGGCGGGCGGGCUGCGGAAAGCCAUGGGGCGAGGCGCUGGCGCAGCCAAGAAACGAAAACGGCGAGGCGUCUCCUACGCGCAGUUCCUGUUCCCUUCUCACAUCAUGUACGAUCCGUACGCACUCGACAACAUGCGGUUUCAACAGGGCAGGCACCAGACAGUGAUGCGGAUGGCGGGCUCCAGCGUCUCGGUGAUUCCGUACUUCCCUCCGCAGCAGCUCAAGGAAGAACUCAAUCAGCAGUUCCACAAGAUGCAUCCGUCAGUUCAUCCUUCGAUGACUCUCUCAAAACUGAGGAGCCUCAAGCAGGACAUGUUUUCCUUAAUCGAGCAGGAGGAGCAGCUCGACGUAUCCACCGUCGCUUCGGCCUGGGUUUACUUCGAGCGCCUCGUUCAGAUGGGCGCCGUGGACAAGUCAAUGCGGAAGCUCUACGCAGGCGCCUGUUUGAUUCUCGCGUUCAAGUUCAAUCAAAACGGAGAGCCCAACGUCGUUCAGCGCCUCUGCGGCCUCCUCACCCAUGGCGACAGGCAGCGCGGCCUUGCCUCGCAGUCUCUCUCGCAGGCGGAGUUCACGGUCUUUGGUCUUCUUGGAUUCUCGCUUCAGCUGUCCAUCGAGCACGUGCUGCCUCACAUCCUUCACUAUCUUGAAUCGAAGGACACGACUUUUGAAGAGGUCUACGGGUCACCAGAGACUGCGUUCUUUAGUGCGUAG